UCCCCGUCGGGUUUGAACCGAGCCCCGCCCCGCGUUCGGCCAAUCGGCAGCCGGGUGGCUGCGCCGAGGCGGCUCUUUGUAGGUGCCCACCGGCUCGCGGGCGCUGAGCGGCGCGGUGGGACGGCCUCGCGGCGCAGGCACAAUGUUUGCCCGAGGACUGAAGAGGAAAUGUGUUGACCAGGAAGAAGUCGAGGAGGGUGCACUGGCUGGCUUCAGCUCCAUCCCUUCCUACAGCCUGCAGCGGCAGUCGCUCCUGGACAUGUCCCUAGUCAAGCUCCAGCUCUGCCACAUGCUGGUGGAGCCCAACCUCUGCCGUUCGGUCCUCAUUGCUAACACUGUCCGGCAAAUCCAGGAGGAGAUGACCCGGGAUGGUGUGGGGCGUGGGACAGCACCCCAGAGCACUGGGCGGGCACCACUCGACCGCCUGGUAUCCACAGAGAUCCUGUGUCGUACAGUGAGGGGACCAGAGGCUGGGUGCCCUGUUCCCGACCUGGGAGAUGGCGCCAUACAAGGUCCACUUCCCGAGCUUUACACAGUUGACUCCGCAGAGGUGCCCAGGAGUCCUCAGAGUAGCCUUUGGGAAAUGGACAGUCCUCGAGAAAACAGGGGGAGCUUUCAGAAGUCUCUGGAUCAGAUAUUUGAGACCCUGGAGCAUAAAAACCCCAGCUCCAUGGAGGACUUGUUCUCAGACAUGGACAGUUCCUACUAUGACCUGGACACCAUGCUGACGGGAAUGAUGAGCAGUUCCAAGCCAGGCCUCUGUGAUGGACUAGACAGCUUUGCUGCAGCUGCCCCCUCGCCUGGCUCCAGCUGCAAGUCCGACCUGGGUGAACUGGACCAUGUGGUGGAGAUCUUGGUGGAGACCUGAGAGGAGGCCCUUGAUGGGCCUGGGACAAGGCUGGAGCCCCAGAGAGCUUCUCAGUGUCUUGCACCCCAGAGACUGAGGCGACCUGUUCUGUAUAAGGGGUUCUUACAGCCUGCAGCCCGUGGCCUGCCCAGCCCAGCCCAGCUGUCCAUGGGGUCUGAGAAUGUCCCUGGACAGAUGGCCUUCUGCAAAGGUUGCAGCUCCUCAGGCUUGUCCACCCUUUCCAAGGAGGGCAGGACAGAGUCUUGCUGGAGGAAGUGGGAGUGCUCUGAAGUUUCAGCCCUGCCCCAGGCAACAGCUCACAGCCCUGGGUCUGUCCCUUUUGGUAUCAGGGUAGAUGUAAGGGCCCAAGCUGCAUCUGACCUGGUUUAAAUUUAGAUAGGUGAACUUUUUUAAAUUAAGUUUUAUAUGUUUUGGACACUAUUUUGUCUUAAGAUGUAUUUUUUAAACUUUUAUAUUUUACCCUUUUAGGUUUUUUCACUAUUUUCUUAAAAGUAUAUUUUUUCUAUAAAACAUCUUUUGCUGCUACUUUGGAAACUUUUAUAACCCAAACAGUUGCAGUUGGUAUGUUUUGUUUUUUUUAAGGUUUGAAUGGGGGGUUUUUCCUAAAUGUUCCUCCAUACUCCAAGGGAACACACACCUGUUAUGGUCUUCUGCUUGGCUUUACGUGCGACCCUCUACAUUGGUCUGUGCUGUUGCAGGGGAGCCAAAUUGUGGCACAGCACAGUGGCACCGGGGACCACACACAGCUGCAAUGUAAUUAUUACUAGAUCUCUCCAGAGCCACAGUUGCCUAGACCUCAGUGUCAGGAGGGUUUUACUUAUGCUUGUUUAUGCGAAAAUCCCCUGGAAUCCAAGCUCCUGUAUUUGUGUGGGAGUCACAGACACCAGCUGCUCUCCAGAGACCACAGGUCUCGGGUGCCUUCCAUUAGGUCAUGUGCAGGGAGGACUCCUUGUGUCCACCUUCUUGCGCUCUAGCCUGGGUCCGCCUGCUCCUUGAAGUGUACACCGCUGAUGUCAGGUGCCAGGUACUGCGUAUGGAACUGGUGUGUGCCUGUUGGGUUGGAAGAUGCCCACUUGUUCUGUUAAAUGGUUCUGGAAUGACAUUUUAAGUUACACUGAUGUCUGGGGUGAAAAAAGUCUCUGACCACUCAGUCUUGAGGGACAGUUAGGUGCUGCCUGAGCUAAGCUGGGUUGGCCCUGCCCUCCAGCGCCUGGGGAGGCGCCCAAGUCUGAUUCCUCUAGACCUGGACCCACUUGUGUUUCUUGUUUGUCUUACGCUAUUUUCUGAUUUCCCCUCCUUUGGGCCUACACUAUUUGUUGUUUUCUUUUGUGCAUAUGGCCAUUCUUUAUUGUCAGUGAUGUAAACCUCACUUUAUUAAAAAUGUCCAACAAACAAAAUGGAAA